UCGUCGCCGCGUGCCUAGCUGUGCUCUGCUGCUGCUUCUCCCCCUCCCCCAACUCCCCGCACCGCACCUCCCCCAGCUCCUCCUCCUCCUCUAAUGGCUACACGCUUCCGCUGCUAGGGUUCCCUCCUCCUCGUCCUGCUCCUCCUCGCCGUCCGUCCACAUGGCGCCGCCACGCGUCCUCAUGCGGCUCCUCCUCCUCGCAGCGGCGGCGUCGGCCGCGGCGGCGGCGGGGGGCGGCUGCGACCUCGCGCUCGGCUCCUACCUCAUCUCCCGGAACGAGAACCUCACCUACAUCGCGAGCCUCUUCGGCAUCAGCGACUACAAGACGCUGGCGCCCUACAACCCCGGCAACACCAACCUGGACUUCAUCGCCGCCGGCAAAAGCGUCAACGUCUACUUCCGCUGCGACAGCCUCGCGCUCCCGAGGGCGCCCUUCUCCACCUACCUCGCCGCUUCCCUCCCCUACAAGGUCGCCAGCGGCGACACCUACACCAGCGUCGCCGGCCAUUUCAACAACCUCACCACGUCCGACUGGCUCGCCGAGACCAACACGUACCCCUCCACCAACAUCCCCGACACCGGCACCGUCAACGUCACCGUCAACUGCUCCUGCGGGGACCCGAAUAUCUCGCCGGACUACGGGCUGUUCCUCACCUACCCGCUCGAUGGCCAGACCCUCACCGCCGUCGCCGCCAACUACAGCUUCAACUCGCAGUCGCAGCUGGACCUGCUCCGCAAGUAUAACCCCGGCAUGGACACCGCUACAAGUGGGCUCGUUUUCAUCCCCGUCAAAGAUCCCAAUGGAAGUUACCGUCCUUUAAAAUCACCAGGAAAUGGAGUUUCUGUAGGAGCUAUAGUAGGAGGAGUUCUUGGUGGUGUUGCUGUUCUGGUCCUGGUUGUCUUGUUAUAUACCAUGUUCUAUAGGCGAAGAAAGGCAAACAAGGCUGCCUUACUACCAUCUUCUGAAUACUCUACCCAACUUGCUACUACAUCCAUGGAUAAAUCUGCACUGUCAACCAAUCAAGCUGAUAGUGCCUCUGGAGUUCCAGGAAUUACUGUUGACAAAUCAGUAGAGUUCUCGUAUGAAGAACUUUUCAAUGCCACAGAGGGAUUUAGCAUGAGUAACAAAAUCGGGCAAGGUGGUUUUGGCGCUGUCUAUUAUGCUGAGCUCAGGGGCGAGAAAGCUGCUAUAAAGAAAAUGGAUAUGCAGGCUUCUCAUGAGUUCCUUGCUGAGUUAAAGGUUUUGACGCAUGUUCAUCAUCUGAAUCUGGUGCGAUUGAUUGGUUUUUGCACCGAAAGUUCCUUGUUUCUUGUAUAUGAGUUUAUCGAGAAUGGAAACUUAAGCCAGCAUUUACGUGGAACUGGUUAUGAGCCUCUGUCUUGGGCUGCCAGGGUUCAGAUUGCACUAGAUUCAGCAAGAGGUCUUGAGUACAUUCAUGAACAUACUGUUCCAGUGUACAUACAUCGGGAUAUCAAAUCAGCAAAUAUCUUGAUAGACAAGAACUACCGUGCAAAGGUCGCAGAUUUUGGUUUAACAAAACUUACACAAGUUGGUAAUACAUCACUACCCACACGUGGAAUUGUAGGCACAUUUGGUUACAUGCCUCCUGAAUAUGCUCGGUAUGGUGAUGUUUCUCCAAAGGUCGAUGUUUAUGCCUUUGGCGUUGUUCUCUAUGAACUUAUUUCGGCCAAAGAUGCUAUUGUCAGAUCAACCGAGUCUUCUAGUGAUUCAAAGGGAUUGGUUUAUCUGUUUGAGGAGGCUCUAAACACACCGGAUCCUAAGGAAGGUCUUCAAAGACUGAUUGAUCCAGCGUUAGGCGAGGAUUACCCCAUGGACUCAAUCCUCAAAAUGACAGUUCUCGCAAGGGCGUGCACGCAGGAAGACCCCAAGGCGAGGCCCACAAUGAGAUCCAUAGUCGUGGCGCUGAUGACACUCUCAUCGACGAGCGAAUUCUGGGAUAUGAACGCGAUCCAGGAGAACCAAGGUCUGGUGAACCUAAUGUCUGGGAGAUGACUCUCUUGUGAUAUUCUACCUGCCUGCCUGCUCCUGGGUAAUUGUACAUUAGGGCUCAUUUGUGCCGCCUGUUGAUGACCAGAGAGGGAGGGUAGCAUUGCUCAGCACCACUGUAGGUAUUUACAAUGUAAUUUCUGCUGUCAGUCUAGGGUUUUGUCUCUGUGUUGGUUUCUUUCAUUUUAUAACCUGGAGAGCUGUGUGAGUUUACUCGAGUGAACAGCUCUGAGUUCAUUACCUGCACUGCAAGAUGUCUAAUUUUACAUGGGAAUGCAAAUAAAUGAUCUCCUGUAGAUAUAUAAUCCUUGGUAGUA